UCAGCUCCUCUGGGACCGUGCCCCCCCCUCCUGUCAGCCCACCUCCCGGCGUGAAAAAUGGCGCUUUGGGUGCGGAAGACGCGAGCGGAAAACGGCGGUCGGCUGGAUGCGCGCUCACCUGUGCUGCCUCCGUGGCGCGCGGACUCCUAGAAGAAGCGGGAGACAGGAGGACACCAUGAAGUACCAGAAAUACAUAACGGUGAUGCAGAUGGCCAUGGGGGUGACCGCGUCCAACAAAGACUGCCUCCCCACCAAGAGACAGCUGUGGGUGACCCCUUCAGAUGGGGAUACCUCCCCCGCAGACGCCCCCGGCUGCUCUGACAGGACCGCUGGUGCUACUGGUGGCACUGGUGCUACAGCUUUGCCUGCCACCUCCACUCUCUCGUUGCCUACGAGCCAAGGUAAACCUUCCCUGCGUCGCAUCAAAGGUCGAAUGCAUCGAAGCAAGAGCCUGGACAGCCUGGACCUGCUCGACUCCAACAGUGCAGCUGUGGAGGAAGCGGUGAUAUGGGAACAGCACACGGUGACCCUUCACAGGGCUGCUGGAUUUGGGUUUGGCAUUGCCAUCUCGGGUGGGAGAGACAACCCUCAUUUCCAGAGUGGAGAGACGUCCAUUGUGAUAUCUGAUGUGUUGAAAGGAGGUCCUGCAGAAGAUCAACUACAAGAAAAUGAUCGUGUUGUUAUGGUCAAUGGCGUUUCAAUGGACAACGUGGACCAUUCGUAUGCUGUUCAGCAACUUCGCAAGAGUGGCAAAAAUGCAAAGAUUACUAUUCGUCGAAAAAGGAAAGUGCAAAUCCCAGUUUCGAAGCCAGGCGACAGAGAGACGAUGUCUGAGCACGAGGAAGAGUACAGCGACGACGAUGGUUCUGAACAACGCAGGGGCCGCGCUGGCCAAAGUGCCCAUGGAGGUGCGAGCGGAGGCACCGGCAGACGGCAGGACCGCGAGCGCAGCGGCAGCGGGAAGCGGGAUCACAGUGCCUCGCGUGAGAGGAGCAUCUCACCGCGAUCCGAUCACCAUUCACAAGUUUCAUCUGCUCCACCCAAGCCUUCCAAGGUCACCCUCGUCAAGUCUCGCAAAAAUGAAGAAUAUGGCCUGCGGCUGGCCAGCCACAUCUUUGUGAAAGACAUUUCUCCAGAGAGCCUUGCUGCCAGAGAUGGAAACAUCCGGGAGGGAGAUGUUGUGCUUAAGAUCAAUGGCACCGUUACAGAGAACCUGUCACUGGUAGAUGCCAAGAAGCUGAUUGAGAGGUCAAAGGGUAAGCUGAAGAUGGUGGUGCAGCGGGAUGAAAGAGCCACACUGCUCAACAUUCCUGACCUUGAUGAUAGCAUCCCAUCAGGCAAUAACUCAGAAAGAGAUGACAUUUCAGAGAUACAUUCACUGACAUCAGAGCAUUCCAACCCUUCCCACGGGAGAGGCCGAUCACGUUCACCCAACAGGACAGAAGCAGCGGCCCACCUCCGCAGCUCACCUCGGCAGAUGAGCAACGGCAGCCAUCGAAGUCGAGACGAGGAUCGCAUUUCCAAACCAGGAGGCAUGUCCACGCCGGUCAAAAGCUUUGAUGAUGGCGUCUUGUCUCAGGCCAGUGACCAGGCCAGCUCCAGAGACGACAAGCAGUUGCCUCCGCUGCCUGAACCGAAGCCGGUUUAUGCGCAGCCUGGUCAGCCUGACGUGGACCUGCCCGUCAGCCCGUCUGAUGCUCCUGUUCCCAGUGCCGCUCACGAUGACAGCAUUCUUAGGCCGAGUAUGAAGCUGGUCAAGUUCAAGAAGGGAGAGAGCGUGGGUUUGCGGCUAGCAGGAGGGAACGACGUGGGAAUAUUUGUGGCGGGAGUUUUGGAGGACAGUCCAGCUGCCAGGGAGGGGCUGGAGGAGGGGGACCAGAUUCUCAGGGUGAAUAACGUGGACUUUGCAAACAUCAUCAGAGAAGAGGCCGUGUUGUUUCUGUUGGAUCUCCCUAAAGGAGACAUCGUUGACAUUCUGGCCCAGCAGAAAAAAGACGUGUACCGGAGGAUCGUUGAGUCGGACGUAGGAGACUCCUUUUACAUUCGGACACACUUUGAAUAUGAAAAGGAAUCUCCGUACGGACUGAGCUUCAACAAGGGCGAGGUGUUCCGCGUAGUGGACACGCUUUACAACGGCAAACUGGGAUCCUGGCUCGCCAUUCGCAUUGGCAAGAACCACCAGGAAGUGGAAAGAGGCAUCAUCCCCAACAAGAACAGAGCUGAGCAGCUGUCCAGCGUGCAGUACACCCUUCCUAAAACACCGGGGGGCGACAGAGCCGACUUCUGGAGAUUCAGAGGUUUGAGAAGCUCCAAAAGGAAUUUGCGUAAAAGCAGGGAGGACCUGUCAGCCCAGCCGGUUCAGACCAAGUUCCCCGCCUAUGAGAGGGUUGUGCUGCGGGAAGCCGGCUUCUUGAGGCCGGUGGUCGUCUUUGGGCCCAUCGCUGACGUGGCCAGAGAGAAGUUAGCCAGAGAGGAGCCGCACGUUUUUGAACUAGCGAAAACACAGCAGCAGCAAGGAGGGGAAAAGAGCGAACCGAGGGACGCAGGAACCGACGUGAAAAGCUCCGGCAUCAUUCGCCUGCACACCAUCAAACAGAUCAUCGACAGAGACAAGCAUGCAGUUCUGGACAUCACCCCUAACGCAGUGGACCGCCUGAACUAUGCUCAGUGGUAUCCCAUUGUGGCGUUUCUCAACCCAGACAGCAAGCAGGGUGUGAAGAACAUGAGGACCAGGCUCUGCCCUGAGUCUAGGAAGAGCGCGAGGAAGCUUUAUGAACGAGCCCUCAAGUUGAGGAAGAACAACGUCCACCUCUUUACCACGACCAUCAACUUGAACAGCAUGAACGAUGGUUGGUUUGGAGCCCUGAAGGAGUUGAUCCAGCAGCAGCAGAACCAGUUGGUGUGGGUUUCAGAAGGAAAGGCGGACGGCGCAGCUGAGGACGACCUGGACAUCCAUGACGACCGCCUGUCCUACCUGUCGGCACCAGGUAGUGAGUAUUCCAUGUACAGCACUGACAGCCGGCACACCUCCGACUACGAGGACACGGACACAGAGGGAGGAGCCUACACUGACCAAGAGCUGGACGAAACGCUCAACGACGACGUGGGUCCUCCAGCUGAGCUCGCCAUCACCCGCUCUUCUGAACCUGUUCGUGAAGAACCGCCCGUCAUCCAGGAGCCUCCUGGUUAUGCUGGUUUCCAGCACCCAGCGCAGCCGGACCCCUUGAACCGCAUCGACCCAGCUGGGUUCAAGGCACCAGCGCCGCAGCAGAAAGCAGAAGCUGCUGUCACACCUAGCGCCUCCCAGCAGGCAGAGCCCCUGGUUGAGGCAUUUCCCUCCGCUGUGGAUGUUUCAGUAAAAACCGUAGGGGCCCCGGGCCCCGAUGAUGCUCCUGCAGCCCCUUACAGCAAGCCAAGCCCCAGCCACCAGGCUGGCUCCCUCAGGAGGCUCACCCCUGAGCUAGCCCCUAAGAGCAUCACACCAGAACCCCUACAGUCUGGACUGGCCAGUUCAGAACCAAAGAUGUUUCAGAAAGAUCCCUAUAGCGUGGACAACGCAGGGAGAAUGGCAAACAGCACGAAGCCGAUGAACUACAGCCCUCAGCAGCCGUACAGAGAUUAUGACCACCCACCCAGUCGGUAUGACGUGAGCAGCGGUGGGGUCGGUUACACGGAACCAAAGUACCGGAGCAACGAUCACGUCCCGCUCUAUGAAAACAGCGUGCCUCACUACGACCAGCAGCAGUGGAACCCCUACAGCCAGUCACCCCCUGCUGCUAACGCCCAGGCUUAUGAUGGCCGCUCGCCUUACAGUGACGGCCCUGACCCGCAUUACACCCCGCCUCUGCGCUACGACGAGCCCCCGCCUCAGCAGGGGUUUGAUGGGCGGCCUCGUUACGGUAAACCAGCAGGUCAGGGACCUGUCCACUACAGUGACCUCCCACCCCCUCCUCAAGGGUCUGAUCUGCGUUACGAUCAGGAUUCUCACCUGGGCACGUACCCCUCAGCUGCUCGCUCCCCAGAACCCCCCGCCCAGCGACCUGCCUAUAACCAGGGAGCCCCAUCACAGCUGAGGGGCUACAAACCUCAGCAGUACGACCCUUCUCUUGUGAACUUUGAGACCAGCCGUACACCUCCUCCUAAAGCAGAAGCCCCCUCCCCCUCCCCUGGAGAAGCUCCAAAGCCUGCUCCUGUCGGAGAUGAGCGUCAGGAGGAAGAUCCCGCCAUGCGGCCCCAGUCGGUCCUGACGAGGGUCAAGAUGUUUGAGAACAAACGUUCUGUGUCCGUGGACCGAGUCAGAGAUGGAGGGGAUUCAUCUGGGAGCAGGGCUGGAGAGUUACCCCUGAAAUCAGGUGGAGUGAUCCCUAAAGCUAAUUCUCUGAGCAACCUGGAUCAAGAGAAGACCUUAAGAGCUCCAGAGCCUCAGAAGCCACAGUCCAAGGCAGCUGACGACAUCGUUCGCUCCAACCAUUACGAUCCUGAUGAGGAUGAUGAUUACUACAGGAAACAGCUGUCUUACUUUGACAGACUUCAAGCCGGCCCCAACAAGCCCCAAGCACAAACAACCCACAGCUACCCCAGGAUGGAGCCGGUAGAGAAACCAAGUCCAGUGGAGAAAAAAUAUGAACCAGUUCCCCAGGUGACGCCGUCUCUGCCACCAGUCACACUGCCGAAACCAUCUGAAGCCAAACCUCCUGCCAGGGACAGCACUGUCCAGACCAACUUCCUGCCUCACAAGAGUUUCCCUGAGAAGACUCCAGUUAAUGGGACGAGUGAGCAGCUUCCAAAGAUGACCUCCAGCUCUGCAGCGUCUGCUACCUACAACCGCUUCCCCAAGCCCUUCACCACCUCUGCCAAACCUUUUGCACGCAUGUUCGACAGUCCUAAAUUCAACCACAACCUUCUGCCCAGUGACAAAGCUGAGAGUGCUCCUCAGACCCACAGCUCCAGUCCAGUGAAGCCUCAGAACACGGACCACGACAGCGGCGUGGACACUUUCACGCGCACUGUGGAUGAUCGCUCGAAACCCCAGCAGAACAACGUCAACGCUGUGCCCAAGGCCAUCCCUGUGAGCCCCAGUGCCCUGGAAGACGACGAUGAUGAAGACGAGGGUCACACUGUGGUGGCAACAGCUCGUGGAAUCUUCAACUCCAACGGCGGCGUUCUGAGCUCCAUCGAGACGGGUGUGAGCAUCAUUAUCCCGCAGGGGGCCAUCCCUGAAGGAGUGGAGCAGGAGAUUUACUUCAAGGUGUGCCGAGACAACAGCAUCCUGCCGCCGCUCGACAAGGAGAAAGGAGAGACGUUGCUCAGCCCUCUGGUCAUGUGUGGACCUCACGGCCUCAAGUUUUUGAAACCCGUGGAGCUCCGCUUGCCUCACUGUGCGUCUAUGACCCCUGAUGGUUGGUCUUUUGCUCUAAAAUCCUCCGACUCCUCGUCGG